CAACAACUAAACUAGUAAACGCCAGUCGCCGAAUCCGUCGGUGAAGCUCUUCGGAAGAGCAUCGAUCUCACCAGACGCAACGAACCGGCCGAGCCAUGCAGACCCUCGUCGUGGCAGGUCUCUUCCUCUUCGCCCUCUUUAAGAUUGGAUAUUGCAUAGACUGCUACAGCUGCAUAUCCAGCGAUAAUCCUGACUGCGUAGAUCCGGAAACCCAUCACCUGGAUAGGGUCCGAUGCGAUCAGAAGUCUCUCAGCGAUACGGAGAAGUUCGCCAAGAGUCUGACUCCUGAUUUUGGAAAGAUCUUCGAGGUUCAUAUCCACGAGCACCGCGUGCCUCUGAACUGCCUCAAGCAGGUGACCAAAGUUCAAGGUAGGGAGAUAAUUAUGAGAGGUUGUCAGCUUCCAAAGGACGAUAGACUUGACGUCUGCAAGAAGGUGUUCGAAAUGCCGCAAGGUGAGCUGAUCGACGUUAAGCAUUGCAGCCUGUGCGAUUCAGACGGAUGCAACGGGACAACAGGAAGAAUCGCCGAGGUCCUUCUAAUCCUUGCAGCUGUUCUUCUAACAAUCAUCCAUUAGAAUUGCACCAGGAUGGAAGUCGAAGUCGCAGAAGCAAUAAUCGUAAACAAAUAAUAAUAAUCAAUCAUUGACGGGAAAAAAAGCUUUAUACCAAAAAAAAACGCCAUGUACACUCCAUGUAACUCGAUACUCUACUUCUUAGCUUUCUAGUUGUUACAGGAAAAAAAAAUACAUCCAGAAAGAAUGGAAACACGAGUAAUUUAUUAUAAACGCUGAUGUAAAUAUAAUAUAAAUAUACACACUUCAAAGGAAAUCCGUGUUGAAUUUUUGCGGUCAAAACCUUUGUAGAAGAUUCGUGGUUCCCAUUGUACAUUCAGAUGCAAUCGCCGAUUUAAUGCACGGUUUUAUUUGAAGAUGUACGAAUGAUAGCGCAUUUAUUUAUCUAC